AUGUCAUCGUACCUCAGCAAUCUCCUAACUCAGACAACCUCGAAGUACAACUCGCUUCGCCGCACUCUACUUUCGAACGAGGAAGACGGAGACACCGAGGACGACUCGCACAUUGCCAGAGUACUGCGGGCCUACUACACCGAGAAAGGUCGACCCUUCCCGCCAUGGCUUCCACCUGAUCCCAACGACAAGCGUGCCGUGACGCCGCAACCACAUGCACAGCAGAACAACGCAUACUUCACAAGCGCGACCGCAAAGAGCCAGUAUACUAGCAUACAGAACCAGCCAGGAGCGAGAGGAAGUCUGAGUGAUCUAUGGGACACUCCGGCGCAGACCGUAAGCCCGGCGCAACCACAGAGUCUGCGUGCCGGUCGCAGACCGAUGCCCACUGCUGCAUCUACAAGCGCUUCCAGCACUCUAGCACCCCCAGCGCAGGCGAGACCACUCCCUUCGCAAAAGUUAGGCUCAUAUCAGAAUAUGCAGUCGCAAAGACCCGCUCUGGACCAGAGUCCACCUUCGAGUAGCAGUGGCGGCAGUUCGGCACAAGACAGACUUAAAGCUAGGCUUUGGGGCGGUAGCAGGGGAGGUACUCCGGCGUCAAACUCUACGGGCAGUCCGGGCCUGAGCCAGGUUGGCUCCCCGAAUCCGUACGAGCAGUCCUCUACCGGCAGCAAUGCGCCGUACGGUGGCAGCAACUCGUACGACAUGGGCAGCAAUGCAGGCCGUAGAUAUGGCAGGCCGGGUUGA